AUGCAAUUGAGAUUAAUCGUUUUAUCUUCAUUAAGUUUUGCAAGUGUUUUAGGUGCUAAAUAUUCAAAUUCAAAUUCAAAUUCGAAUCACACUUAUGAAUCAAAUAAUAAUUUAGCAGCUACAAAAAAUCAACACCAUCUUAAUAAUGUUACAACUAAUGCAACUAAUGUAACUACUACAACUACAACACAAGCAGGUAAUGGUGAAUUGGGCUCUAGUGUAAAUUUUAUAGGUGCUAUUGUUGCUUUGGGUGCUGGUGCAUUAUUUUUAUAA